CAAGGUUUCUCACCCAGCUAGUGGCCUGGGUGACUGGGGUGCGGAGGCAGUGUUGGGGGCACUGAAGCUGAGUUGAUGGGUCCAGAGAAAAUAGAUGUACAUGGUGCGGGUCCGAGCCGUGGUGAUGGCCCGAGAUGACUCCAGUGGGGGCUGGCUGCCUGUGGGGGGCGGGGGCCUCAGCCAGGUGAGCGUAUGUCGGGUCCGAGGGGCCAGGCCCGAGGGGGGGGCCCGCCAGGGGCACUACGUCAUCCACGGGGAGCGGCUUCGGGACCAGAAAAUCACCUUGGAGUGUACCCUCAGGCCAGGUUUGGUUUACAACAAAGUGAACCCUAUCUUCCACCACUGGAGCCUGGGUGACUGCAAGUUUGGGCUGACGUUUCAGAGUCCUGCUGAGGCUGAUGAAUUCCAGAAGGGUCUUCUAGCUGCGCUGGCCGCACUCAGCCGAGGCUCACUCACUCCGUCCUCUUCCUCUUCCUCCUCCUCCCCUUCCCAGGACACUGCAGAGACCCCCUGCCCUCUGACGUCCCACAUAGAUAGCGACUCCUCCUCCAGUCACAGCCGCCAGGAAACUUCUCCCACAGCUGUCGCAGCGCCCAUUGUCACGGUGGAGUCAACAACUGCCUUCCCACCGGCCACUCCUCCACAACAGUGCUGCUCCUCUGCUCAGAGCUACCCUCCACUUCUACCGUUCACUGGUAUUCCAGAAGCCUCAGAGUCUCUAGCCGGGGCAGGGAGCCAGGGCUGGGGCGGCCGGGGCUAUGAGGACUACCGGCGAUCUGGACUACCGGCAUCUCUUCCUCUGUCUACCUGUGUCGUGGGCUUCGUCAAGACUGGUGCAUUGAGGGGUGCAGCCCUGGGUCCCCCAGUGUCACUCCCUGCCCCUCUCACUGAGGCUGCACCCCCAGCACCUCCUGCUCGUCCACCCCCGGGUCCGGGCCCCACCUCUGCUCCAGCCAAGGCCUCCCCUGAGGCAGAGGAGGCUGCACGUUGUGUGCACUGCAGAGCACUCUUCCGCCGCCGUGCCGAUGGUCGUGGUGGCCGCUGCGCAGAGGCCCCGGACCCAGGUCGCUUGCUAGUGCGCAGGCUCAGCUGCCUGUGGUGCGCCGAGAGCUUGCUGUACCACUGCCUGUCGGACGCCGAGGGCGACUUCUCGGACCCGUGCGCUUGUGAGCCAGGCCACCCACGCCCUGCUGCACGCUGGGCCGCUUUGGCUGCGCUGUCGCUGGCAGUGCCCUGCCUCUGCUGCUACGCGCCCCUGCGCGCCUGUCACUGGGUUGCAGCACGCUGUGGAUGUGCUGGCUGUGGGGGUCGUCAUGAGGAGGCUGCUCGGUGAGGAUCCCUGGGCUGGUUUGAAAAUCGGCCUGAAGACCCAAAAUGGAGGAUCCAGGACCCUGAACUUCAUACGAACCUAAAACCCAAACUUAGGUACGUCUGGAACUUGGAGCUUGAAUGGAUUUGAGAGAUCCCAGAUCUGGUACCUGGAAACCAAACUUAGCACUAAGAUCCCAUACCCAGCUUCAUCAGGAUGUCUGUCAAGCGCACCCAGGAGUCCUGAAUUCUGGAUUCUCCCUCCCUCUUCCUCAUUGAGGAGAAUCGUGACAUCUCCAAACAUCUAAGAGGGCCCAGGAGUUCACACCCCUGAGACCCAGGGAUCUUGGACCCGAUUCUGUCUAAAUACCCAACCCAGACUCCAGGUCAUACUUGACAUUGUUAACACUCAUAUUACAGCCCCCAAAUUAGUCAGGAUUUGCUAAAACCUGACCCUUUAUCAAAUGACUUAGACCUUGAGACCAGAAUCACCAGAAAACUGUCCCUGGAUUUUCACCCGAGACCUGCUAUGCCUACAUCUGAAUGUUCUUAUAGCCCCAGGACCCGAAAACACCAAAUCCUUCUGGGUUAGAGACGCUCACCACAUACUGACCUGAAGUCUACCCACUCCCGAGAGUCCACAGAUCUCACCAUCCGUUCAUGUGCAAAUGACUCAGAUCCCCUCGCUCCCCAGACUUCAGAUGCACCAGGUCCUCAGAUAGCCUCAAACACGAGGUGUUUUCUGACUAAAAUAACUUGGGAGGCCCUUUUCAGAGCUCAGCAAGAGUCCAGAUAUUAGAUACCAAGUUGUCCUGGGAGCCAGGGCCUGAACACCUACCUGCCCCUCAAGUUUUUGAGAACUUGGGUCUCACAGACGGUCUCUGAGGUUCCUGGUCCCCUCAGUUGUAAGGCUGAAGGCCACCAGCACUUUGGCCCCAAUGCACUGGUUUCAAGUGCUUGGAUAGCCUUCCAGUUUCCUUGGGGCCUGAAUUUUAAGAACCCAAAUGUUGCCGGAGACAUUAGUUUCCUUCUCCCUGCAUUCCCUAAUUCCCUUCCAUCUGGGUGGGAGCUGGGAUUUCAGAAGAUGCAGUGGUCAUGGUAACCCAGGCCUCUCAUCCCUUCACUCAGCUCUAGAGCAAUCCCAAGGUUCUUUAAGAGCACUGGGAUACCAAUCGACCCCUAGGUGCAGGAUUCGAGCCCUCACAAUCUUGAUUGUUUUUGGCCUGAGACCUUGGUCCCUCUAUACCAGAGACAUUCAGAAACAAGAAGCCCCAGGGCCUGCACCUUUAGAUGCCAGAUUUUCUUGAAUUCAGAGUACUUUGAGACUGAUAAAGCCCCUAGAUACCUCAUCACCCGAUCCCCCUGAGUUCUGCCAUCCAGAGGGCCAUAAGACCUCCAAGUCCCAGCAACACGGGUCGCCACUUUAUCCUGGGGGGACACUUGUCACCAGUGUGAAUUCAGAUUGCUGGAAUCCUGAACCACCCAGCAGUGUUCCUGUGCCACCUCUAGGGCCUGGCAUUGCCACAGAGGAUUGUACAAAGUUGCUAAGCAGAGGCUGGCAGCUGCAGGGGUCAAGCAGAGACAUCAGAGGGAGGCUCCCCCUUCUCUGCUUGCCACAACAGUACCUUUAGAGUUGGCUUUUGCUCCACAGAAGCCCCAUCAUCCCUAACCUUGAAAAUCUCCCUGCUGCAACCCCUAGUUUGUUCGGGUCCAUCUCUUUGUCAACCUCUUCUAUCUCAGUUGGGAGUGGCUCUGGAACGUUCAGCACCCUUUCAUGGCACUCCCCAUGCUUUUCUUCUGGAGAAGAAGGGGGUGUCCCACUGUACAUAGGAUCUGGUGUCCUGGAUAGAGAAACCAAGGUCUCCCAGCCAGGACAGUCUUGAUGGUUUAUGGGCUUAGGACUACACCUGGCCCUAAGUACCUGGGAAUGUGCACUUAACCAUUCCUGAUUAUCCAGGUUUGGGUGGCCUUGUGGGGAUUCAAGGGAUUAAUAUUUGUGCCACUUCCUUUAAAUUAUUAACUAUUUAUUGUAUCCGGAACCUGUGAUUCAGCUCUCCCAACCAGACCCUGGGAUGGGUGAGAGAAAUGGGGACAGGGGGUGUCCCUCCCAUCCCCACUCUGUCCAGCUCUCAUCACUGUCAGACCCAUCAGAGCUGAGGGCGGAGGAACUGGGGACUGGGGUAGCCUGGGUCCCCAUCCCCCUCUCUGUGCCUCGGUCUCCCCCCUUCCAUAGUGAGUGGGGGGAAGCUCCAUUCUUAACCUACCUCAUUUUGGGAAGGGGUGGGAUGGGGGACCAGAGUGCUGUAUGGUGCUGUGAGAUCUGAUUAAGCAGUGGGGACUGGGGAAGGUUCCCUAGUCCCCCUCUCCCAGUACCCCCUCUCCCAAGUCCCCAACCCUGUUCCCUGCUGAUACCCACUUCUGAUCCAUGAUUACCUUUCAUUGCCCCCAUAUCUGGGGUGCGUGGAGGGCUGAACCCUGGGAUCCAGGAAGACCUCAGACCCUGGAGCCCCCAGUUUUCCAACUGCUUGCCCCUCAGAUUGGAUGCUUGCCCCCCAGAUUUUGGGGGAGGCAUGCCAACAUUUACCUUCCUGAUCAUGAUUCCAAGCCAGUCUGUGACCUCAAUAUUGUGUCAGUGCAGGCUGAAGCGGAGGGAGAAUGGGGCCCAAAGACCCAGCCAGCCUUGGCAUUGGGGGAGGGGGGACAUGAGAUCUGCUCCAAGAAAUGCCUGUGACAGUGUCUUAGCCUGGUUUUUAUUUGCAUUGGCGCGCUCUGCCCACUUGUUUCCGGAAGUGCUGCACUCCUGUUCUUUCCUUCUUCAUCCUUUAGUCCCAGGAGCUAACUGACCAUCUAGUUGGGUUUUAUUUGUCCAAUCACUCCACUGCGUUUACUAAACACCUAGCAUGUGUCAAGCCCCGUAGAUACUGGUGGUGCUGCAGUGGGCAGCGGACAUUUGCAUAAAACCCUGCAGGGGAAGGGUUUUGUGGGUGUAGCAGCCAGCACUAGUCUCUAAGGGGGAUAUAUCUGGUAAAUUGGGAGUGGAGUUAAGCAAGGGGCAAUCCUGGGAGAGGGUGAUGGAAAGGUGGCAAGGUGUGCCAGGCUUCUCAUGACAUUGCAUGCAUGGGCUUUGUUCCCUGAGCAAGUGAGAUGGAGCCACAGGGAGGCUCCCGAGCAUGGUGCGGAUUUUUACAGGCUAGUUGUAGCUGUGUGGGGAAGACCCCUGGGGAAGGGGUCAAGCCAGUUCCCUGUGGAGGCUGCGGUGGUGCAGGUAAUGUGAAAGAAAUGGGGGUGGGGGGGGGAUAAUGGAAGUUUUAAAUGAGUCAAGAUUUUUUUUUUUUAAGAUUUUAACUGCAUUUUAUGAGUGUUUGCUUGUAUGUGUGCCACCUGGUUACCUGGCAUCAGAUCCCCUGGACUGGAGUUGCAGCUGUUAGCCACUGUGUGAUUGCUGGGAACCCAGGUCCUCCAUAAGAGCAACAAAAUCUCUUACUGAGCCCAUAGGUUUAUAGGUGGAGUUUAAAAGCAGCGGUAGAAUACAUGCUUAGCAUGAGCAAUGGCCUCUGUGCCAAGACAUAAAGGGGAGUCAAGGUUAGUAGCUCAUGUGUUUGGGGGAAAGAUUUAAUUAUUUGUGGGUACAUGCGUGUGAGCUGGAGUUACAAGCGGUCAUGAGCUACCCACAUGGGAACUUUUUUUUUUUAUGUAUACAAUAUUCUGUCUGUGUGUAUGUCUCCAGGCCAGAAGAGGGCACCAGACCUCAUUA